AGUCGGCUAGAAAUCAUUCCACCAAUGAAGGCACCAACUCGAUCUCGGAGACCAUCCUUUAUUGGUGGAGACUAUAAAUGACCACAACAACGACUGGCGGACACACCAAGCAACAUGUCAACAUCAUCGCUGCUGCUGCUGCUGCUGUCUCUCUGUGGCUCGUGCUUCUGCUGCUGCCCAGAGUCAUGGACUCAGUUUGGAAGCUCUUGCUACAUCUACGUCCGUUCAGAUCUUUCCUGGGUGGAAGCUAAUAGUGUGUGCAAGCAGCUAGGUGGUCACCUUGUUGAAAUUAAUUCCGCCGAAGAAAACGACUUCGUUAUGAGUUUAUUAUCUAUCAACGAAGCCAGCGACGCCUGGAUCGGAAUCGACGACAUCGCCACAGAUGGCGAGUGGGUUUUGAGUUCCUCCAGAAGACCCAUGGGCUACAUCAACUGGGAUUCUGACGAACCCAACAACCACGAAGGCAAAAAGGAAGACUGUGGUUCCAUCAAGUCUAACGGCUUCUGGAACGAUGCUUUUUGCAACAGUUCUCGCCAGUAUCCAUCUGUCUGCCAGAGGUCUGCCUACAGUUGACCUGCAUGCUAUCACAAGGCGUCACUGGGCUCCUGCUGUCAACGGAUGCUAACAGUCACGUGAUCAGUCGACGGACGCCAUCUUACAAUCUUCCUUCUUCAACCACAAAUUUUCUUUGAGAAUAAAAGAAUAAUUAAAUUCCUA